CCUGGUCGAGGACCGGGCCGCAGUGUCGCGUGAUGAUCGUAUGAUAACAUAGAGUGUGUGGACAGGCGCGGCCGGAGUCGUCAGCCACGGUGCUGAACGCGUCCAUGGGCCCGGCCAAGCCCACCAUAGUCUGCUACAUCUGCGGGCGAGAGUUCGGCAGCCUCUCCAUCGCCAUCCACGAGCCCCAGUGUCUGAGGAAGUGGAAGGUGGAGAACGACAACCUUCCUCACCACCUACAGCGACCACAACCUCGCAAACCUGACGUCAUCUAUGAUGAGGGCGGCAAUAUCAACCGGGAGGCCAUGGCGGAGGCGGCGUGGCAGACGCACCUGGAGCAGCUGGUCAAGUGCGAGAAGUGCGGCCGCACCUUCUUCCCGGACCGCCUCAUCGUCCACCAGAAGGCCUGCCUCAGGGACGCCUAGGGCGUCUCAUCGUCCACCAGAAGGCCUGCCUCAAGGACGCCUAGGGCGUCUCAUCGUCCACCAGAGGGCCUGCCUCAGGGACGUCUAGGAGCCACAACCUGCCUCCUCCAGCACUACCUGCCAUGGAUAUAAAUCAGGAAUUUGAUGCUGCUUCUCAUUCUCUUAUUUUUUACUCCUCUUGGUCCUUAACUGCCUCUGCCUCGUCCUCCUCCUCUUCUCUGGCAUCGAUAGUGACCCUGGUGAUGCUAUACAAGAAUGGAUAAUGCAAUCAAUUCUUUUAAUUUGUAUCUAAUCAUUCAUUUUCUUUGAACUUUUCUCUUCUCCAUAAUAUCAUUCAAUCUCCUUCAGUCUCCUCCUACAUUUUCUCUUCGUCCUUUCUUUUGUCUUUGAGCUUGUUGUCCACCUUUACUCCAGGAGCCAAGAAUUACAUGUAGACAUUCCUCCUGCUCGGGGCCUCGGUCAAAGAAACCAGCAGUUGAUCAAGGACGACAUCAAGACCACAGGCAACAACCUUAAGUAUUGCCUGAAUGACCUCAAUCCUGUCACAAUCAAACUCUGAUCACUCUGCCUCUGAUGACUUGUAAAUCUCCCGCCAAUAUCCACACAUCUCCCCCCGAAAAAGAUAUUGGAUCUGAGGCAUACCAUCGCAAUAUAUAUCUGCUUUUCUUCCGACAGUUCGGGAAGAUAAUCAUCUUACGGUUUAAAUAAUCAUCUUACGGGGUAGGUAAUCAUCUUACGGUGAAGAUAAUCACCCUAGUGCUACACUAGACACAAAGUAGCUCUAGAUGGGCAGGCUAAAGAGUGGUUUCAAGAUUCAACUUUAAUGGCCAAGAAUUAUGUGAUUCACCUGGAAGGUCCUUGACUCAUCUAGGAGGUACCUGAUUCACCUGGGAGAUAUUUGACUCAUCUGGGAGAUAUUUGACUUACGUGGGAGGUACCUGACUUACCUGAGAGGUACCUGACUCACCAGUGAGGUAACUGACUCACCACAGACUCACCAGUGAGGUAUCUGACUCACUUCGUAGGAACAUGACUCAACUGGAAGGUACGUGACUCACGUGUAACGUACCUGACUCACCAGAGACACAGAGAAUGCUUAAGAUUAUGUUGUAUUGGUUACCGUAAACAAACAAACAAUAUACUGUAUUAUUUAACACUCACUUCACUUGGUGUGAAAUGACUCCAUUGAGCUCCGACGGUGUAUAAUGUGUGUAAAUAUAAAGUAUUUUAAUUCA